AUGAGCAUUCGAUUAUAAGACAUGAGGUUAUUUCUGCUUAAAGACAACUCACCAGUCAAAGUUGAAUUGAAACAAUAAGAUGACAUUCUCUUCAACCUCGUCACUAAAGCAGAUCGAUCACCAAUUAAUAUUUUGGUUCCAGUAAUUGAAGGCAAUUAACCAAUAACAAUCAAAGUAAAUGAUUACAAUGCUGAACUCCUUCCCGACAAUCUUGAAAUGUAAUCAACAUAUAAAUUGCUACUUUAAAAUGGGUAACUUACUUAAGAACCUAUCCAACCGGGAGAUGUCUUUGCAUUGUCAUUCAAAGUUAGAAAUGGUAAUGCAAACACUCAAGGAGUAACAGGCAAUUCAGCUAUGAAUGGAUCUACCCUAUCUACUAUUUAGCUAUCCCAAUUGAGACACAAAUUAGUUGAAUAAGGUAAAGGAACUUCGAUGUAUUAAUCUGCUUCUUCACUCAGACACAGCAUACCUGAAGUGUCCUUCUCCAAAGCUCAGAGAUUUGAUAAAAACUUAACUCUCAGAACUGAGUUCAAUUACAGUAUUCCUGAUACUGUUGGAUCUGCAGCCAGAUCAACAGGCUUCGGUUAUGGCAACAAAUUCAUUUCUCCUUUGUAUGUUCAAAGGAAUGCUGAAUAAAAUCCACCUCCUGAUGCAUAUUUCAAAGAAGAAACCAAAUAGCCCUCUAAAUAUCGAAAAACUAAUUGGUCCCAAAGUGAUAGAUUCAAAAUGUCACAGACUGUUCAAGUACCUAGUCCCAAUUCCUAUGAGGUUACCUAGAUGAUUGGUUCAAAUAAACCCUCCUGUACCAUCGGUGCCAGAAUUAAGCCAUUAGCUACCUUUUAAGAAAAAGUUCCUGCCUCCAACACUUACGAGGUCAAAUCAUCGAUCAUUGAGCCUUCAAGAUUUAAUAGGAUUACACUUGGAUACGGUAAUAAGUAUGAUUUCACCAAAAAUGACAAAACUCCAGGACCUGGCACAUAUGAGUAACCUUCAGUGUUUAAAAAUAUGUCUUCUUCUAUUUUAAAUAAUGGAACAUUAAGAACAAAUGUAAUGAGAAAAUGA